GUUGGUUUCUUGCUUGACUCAUCUAUCUACCCUUUUGAGUUCUAAGAGAGAAUUGAAGAAUGGCAAAAAAACAUAAGGGUCGUGCAAUAGGAAUCGAUCUAGGAACUACAUACUCAUGUGUUGCAGCAUGGGAAAAGCAAAAUGGUCGUGCAGAGAUUAUUGUGAAUGAUCAAGGCAACAGAACUACACCUUCUUUCGUUGCCUUCACUGAUUCUCACAGGUUCAUUGGUGAUGCUGCUAAAAAUCAAGCUGCUGCCAACCCCUCUAACACCAUCUUUGAUGCUAAAAGGUUGAUUGGCAGAAAAUACAAAGAUCCCACAAUUGAGAAUGAUCUUAAGUUAUGGCCAUUCAAGGUUGUAUCUGGUGUUGAUGACAAACCAAUGAUUAUGGUGAACUACAAAGGCAAGGAAAAGUGUCUUGCUGCUGAAGAAAUCUCAUCUAUGAUUCUCACAAAGAUGAAGGAGAUUGCAGAGGCCUAUAUGGACUCUUCUGUGAACAAUGCAGUGAUUACAGUCCCUGCCUAUUUCAAUGACUCGCAGCGAAAAGCCACCAAAGAUGCCGGCAUCAUUGCCGGCCUUAAUGUCAUCAGAAUCAUCAACGAACCAACAGCUGCGGCUCUUGCAUAUGGCCUUCAAAAGAAAGCCAACUGUUCCGGAAAGCGCAAUGUUUUCAUAUUUGAUCUUGGUGGUGGUACCUUUGAUGUGUCUCUAGUCACAAUUGAAGGUGAUAACAUUGAAGUUAAGGCCACUGCCGGAGACACUCAUCUGGGAGGGGAAGAUUUUGAUAACAGAAUGGUGAGUCACUUGGUACAAGAGUUCAAAAGAAAGAACGGAGUUGACAUUACUGGGACUCCCAGAGCACUGAGGAGGUUGAGAAAUGAAUGCGAGAAAGCAAAAAGGAUACUGUCACAUACAAAUGAGACUACAAUUGAGAUAGAUGCUUUGUUCCAAGGCGUUGAUUUUCGAUUUUCUUUAACUCGUGCUUGCUUUGAGGAACUCAACAGGGACUUGUUUGAGAAGUGCAUGGAGAUUGCUCAGAAGUGUCUUGAUGAUGCUAAGAUGAAGAAAAGCAAGAUACAUGAUGUGGUCCUUGUUGGUGGAUCUUCAAGAAUCCCAAAAGUGCAGAGUUUAUUACAGAACUUCUUUUUAGGGAAGGAGCUUUGCAAGAGUAUCAACCCGGAUGAAGCCGUCGCUUUUGGCGCCGCUGUCCAAGCUGCAUUGUUGAGUGAAGACUAUAGCUUUGUCCCACCCUUGGUUCUGGUGGAUGUAACUCCUCUAAUGGCAACAAAGCAUAAGGGUCAUGCGAUAGGAAUCGAUCUUGGAACUACAUACUCGUGUGUUGCAGCAUGGGAAGAACAAAAUGGUCGUGCAGAGAUUAUUGUGAAUGAUCAAGGCAACAGAACAACACCUUCUUUCGUUGCUUUCACUGAUUCUCAAAGGUUGAUUGGUGAUGCUGCUAAAAAUCAAGCCACAGCCAACCCCUCUAACACCAUCUUUGAUGCUAAAAGGUUGAUUGGCAGAACAUACAAGGAUCCUACAAUUUACAAUGAUCUUAAGUUAUGGCCAUUCAAGGUUGUAUCUGGUGUUGAUGACAAACCCAUGAUUAUGGUGAACUACAAAGGCAAGGAAAAGUUUCUUGCGGCUGAAGAAAUCUCAUCAAUGAUCCUCACAAAGAUGAAGGAGAUUGCAGAGGCCUAUUUGGAGUCUUCUGUGAACAAUGCAAUGAUUACAGUCCCUGCCUAUUUCAAUGACUCGCAGCGAAAAGCCACCAAAGAUGCCGGCAUCAUUGCCGGCCUUAAUGUCAUCAGAAUCAUCAACGAACCAACAGCUGCAGCUCUUGCAUAUGGCCUUCAAAAGAGAGCCAAAUGUUCCGGAAAGCGCAAUGUUUUCAUAUUUGAUCUUGGUGGUGGUACCUUUGAUGUGUCUCUAGUCACAAUUGAAGGUGAUAACAUUGAAGUUAAGGCCACUGCCGGAGACACUCAUCUCGGAGGGGAAGAUUUCGAUAACAGAAUGAUGAGUCACUUGGUACAAGAGUUCAAAAGAAAGAUCAGAAUGGACAUUACUCGUGAUCCCAGAGCAAUGAGGAGGUUGAGAAACGAAUGUGAGAAAGCAAAAAGGAUACUUUCACAUGCUAAUGAGACUACUAUUGAGAUAGAUGCUUUGUUUCAAGGCAUUGACUUUCGUUUCUCUAUAACUCGUGCAAGGUUUGAAGAACUCAACAGGGACUUGUUUGAGAAGUGCAUGGAGAUUUCUCAGAAGUGCCUUGAUGAUGCUAACAUUGCCAAGAGUGAUGUACAUGAUGUGGUCCUUGUUGGUGGAUCUUCAAGGAUUCCCAAAGUGCAGAGAUUAUUGCAGAAAUUGUUUGAGGGGAAGGAGCUGCAUUAA